AGUUUGGCGAUAUAUUUCCCCCCCUCCUCGCACGUUGCGUUCGCUCGUUUCCCCUUCGUGCGUCUUGUGUCGUAUUCGGCCGGCGGUCAAGUUCGUUUGAGAAUCCCGCGUAAUGAUAUCACCGACACGAGCGAAAAUAUUCGGCCGUUGCCGCCUCGCCCUGACCGCCGACUAUCCUCGACGAUGACCACUUUAUCCAAUUUUUGCUAUUCAUAGCGUUAUUCUCGAACGCCGUAAGAAAUGUCUGGACGUGUAUGCGUCGCGCACACGACAACGGCUUAGGUGACUGCGAACCGUUGCGAUUUUCGUCUGCGUUUUUACAUCCCGCGGUUGAAAGACCAAGGUUCGAAUGAGGUUCCCUUGUUUUUGGCGCGAGACGAUUAUUCGCGCGAAAAAAGUGCCGGGAGAUGAAAAAAGAGAAUUUCACGACAAGAUCGUAUGAUUGUGCGGUGAGUGGAGGUGAACGAAGAAGAGAAGUAACGAAGACCGGGAGAAUAUCGAAGCCGCGACGAUUAUUCUGGAAUUCGGUCAACAAGUAAGCUACUCGCUGUCCGGACCCGCGAAAUCUUUUACACGAGGAAUUUUCAUCAUGACCAUCGCGUCCGUGAAAGCUUACGCCGUAAUAUUUUAUACCAACGUAUCACGUCCGUGUAUAAUAUGCUUGAAUAUUGAAUAUCUGACCGUGAAUUGUAGGAAUUGUAGGAAUGAAAAAGAAAAUUAAAAACCAACGGAAGCUAAACUCGAUAUUUUAAAUCAUUGAAUACAAGUGAGUGUGCAUAUGAGAAUUGAUAAAAGUGGUUUUAAAAUCGGUCAGAGUUGUGCAUGAUCAAAGGAAAUUAUUUGAAUAGAAAAAAAAUGUAGAAAAAUAUAACGGUUCCUUGAUCCAUUAACGUGAAACUCUUUGUUCACUCUUCGUCGAUAUGAAAUUGCACUGGAUGGCCUGAGAGGAGCAAGAAAUUAUGGGUAACGCGCAUUGCUGUGUGAAUCAGAAAAAGGUGAGUGACUUCAGCUGUAUUCCUACGUGCGAUGUCGUUUAUCUGUUCGCGGGCUCGGCUAACUCUGCCUCCAAUCUCAAGUUACUCGCAAGUCAUACCUAAUACAUAACUAAAAAGCUUUCUCCAACCGCAAGAUGUGGAAUUAAUGGGUGCAUAAUAUCCUCGAGAUUUACUCUUGAAGCCGAUGGUGAUCGGGGUCGUGAGACUCGAGACUACUGCAGUCAACGCCCACAUCCAAAGUUACGUUCUCUGAAGUAAUACUCUUGGAAACUUGAUUCACGCGUUGCGUUUACAAUUGUGGACGACAAAGAAGUCCAUGCUCGAUACGAAUUAUUAUAACAACGUCCAACACUUGGCGCUACAAAUUUGAUACGAUGGAGAAAGAAUCCCGGAACAAGAGGAUGACACCUUGGUAUUCAACGAAUACAGCAACUGCAGUUGGCACGCAUAUGCAGAAGAGACGCGUUAGUCAUCCGAAUCAGAAUUCUCGCGGAAGGCGUCUGCGGUGUAUCCCUGAUUCGAUUUACUUGGUGAAAGGGGGAAAAUCUGGGUGCGGGCUGUCUCAAUGAGAAACAUUUCAUUUGUUACGGACGCAGGAUUACGGCGUUGACGCAGUUCGAACAACGUGACUCGAUCAGGAUUGAAUUCGGAUUGCUUAAACUUGCUAAUCGUUAUGCCGUCAUCGGUGUAUUUCGGAAUCUCAAUGCAACAAUUUUCAUUCUCGUCGAGAUGACAAAUUCAAAGAUUAUAAUUAUUCGUCAUUCUUACUUCGGUAUAUACGCCCACGGCUCGCCCAGACGAACGAGAUAAUCUACAUCUCGUACGGAGAAGUGUCAAGUGCGUCGAUUGACAGUCUCUAGCGGUCAUGGCGAAGAAGAGUGGGCCGGUAGCGCUGCAAACGGAAGUAACUAACGAUGCCGAAUGGGCGUUGAUACUCGAGCGAAAGGGGCUGGUUCUGGUCGACGUUUAUUCGGACUGGAGCGGUCCGUGCUCAGCGAUGGUGAGCAGCCUGAGAAAGAUCAAGCUAGAGUCUGGAGGCGACAUCUUGAGCUACGCGGUUGCGAGGAAUAACGACAUAACGGACCUCGAACGGUUCCGGGGGAAGAGCGAACCCGUUUGGAUGUUCAUUCAGAACGGUACGAUGGUCAACAUGAUGUUCGGUGCCCACUGUCCUAACCUUUCCCGGCUUUUGCUUGACGAGAUAAAACGAGUCCAGCAGGAAGAGGCGCCCAGGUUUGCACUCCCGGUUUCCGAACGUGGCCCCGAGGAGCAGAAGCGCUGGGAAAUUCUCGAGGAACAGAGACUGGCCAAGGAAAAGGCAAUCGCGGCUAAGGAGGACGCCGAAAAGCAGGCCAAGUACGAGGCCAUGCUGAGUCAGAUGAUGUUCGAACUCUGUGAGGAAACCGCCCUGCUCCUGUUUCCAUGGGUCUUCGUAGACGAGGAGGGCAAUCCCAGGGACAAAAAGAACGCACCACCCUACGUGGAACUCGUUACCGAUUUAUUCGAGCAGUGCUUCGACGUCGUCGAGGAAGUACAAAUCCAACUGACCGAGGACAUCAUCAAGGAUAUGUUCACCGAGAGCAAUUUCGAAAUCACCGAGGACAUCAUCUUCGGCUUAACCGAGGGUAAGUGCAUGAUCAUGAGGCUGAAGGGCAGACCACCGCACCCUGAUUGGCCGGUUAAAUAUCCCGUUGAGUGUCCCGACGAAUCGACCGAUUGUCCAGUCCGAGUAAUAAACGACGUGGAGAAUUACUUGUCGAAGAUAAUCUACGACGAACCUCCACCUCUGAUCCACGGUGCUGGAGCUCUGCUUCCACCGACCAGAACCUCCUACGAAAUCAAGGACUUUGCCAGCCGGCACGUUCAUGUUCAUGAACCGGACCCCGAGGUGGAGGACGACGUGAAACGGACUUACCCAGCAGUCUGGGUUCCUCCUCAAGCCAGAAGCAAGGUCCACGUCUUCAAGACCAUAUUUCCGCAGUACAUGGAGAGCUAUCAUCCGUACGAAGAGACGCCACCACCGCUACCGAAGUGCUUCUUCAAAUACAAAUCCCAGAGGAUCAAGGAACUCGCGGAGGCUCUUUCGAAUCACGCUGAGGCCGUCGAACGCUUCGGUGUAUUUGAAAUGGACAAUCCACCGAUGGCGAAGCGGAUUGCCUCGUCGCUUGAAAGCUUCGAGAAAAAGGUGAAGUACCCGACCGGCUACGAGGUUUUCAUCGUUGUCGUGAACCACGUUAACGAGGAAACUUUCCUUGGGUUUGCGGGCAUCGAGCCGUACUUUGAGAGCCAAAGCGAAGAGGAAACUUCGGAAUUGAUUGAUCUCUACUUUCCGGAAAGCGCCGUCGACGAACUGCCCAUUGGACUCGGUGACUCUUUGCUGGAUGUUGACGAAGAAGAGGAAUACGAAGACGAGGAAGAGGAGGAGGAGGAGGACAACGACGAUGACGUUGACGACAGGGAUUUGUUCGAUUCGAUCAUGUAAAAGAACCUGCAGAUUCCACGAUUCCCUUAUACAGGGUACCUGAUGCAGUCCAAUCUUGUAUUAAGCAGCUAGUGGAAUAUUUUCGCGAUGCAAGUUUCAGAGUCUUGAGGGUUUCGUGGUCAUCAUUGAUUAUCACGUACGCUGAAAACCACCAUAAUUACACUCAGUGAUAAAUCGUUACCUGUCCCAAUCAAAAUCUGACCCUUGAUCCGCAGACAUGACGAUUUGAAAUCGUAAACGGCAAAUAUAAACUCGUCCUUGUUGCAUUGACCUCUGGUUGACAAAAAGAGUCUGUUGAUUCAACAAUUGUCGUCGUGAUGUCAUUAUCUUUUUGCCACGAAUAGAGACCUCUCAAUUACUAAUCGAGCAAAAACUAAAGAAUAAUUAAAGAACACGCGUAAGCACACGGUGUUAUUAUAAUCAUCGUAAAACUGCUUCCAACCUUGCGCUACAUCAAUUAGGAAACUGUCGCUUCGACGAGGUAGAGAAACAGUUGGGAGUUGUUGGUAUGCUGGAAACCAUAGUUCGUAAGCUUGGUGAAAAAUACAAUGCCCGCAAUAUAAUGCAACAUGGUGCAAUAUUAGAAAGCGGUCGAGAGAUUGAAUCAAACGGAAACCAUGAAGGAUAAUGAAAAUUGUCGCGUGCAUACAACGCACAUUUAUCGAUGCGAUUCUUCGUACGCUAUUUUUACGAUCUAGUUAUGACGAAUGCUGAACGGCUACAACUUGGCGUGUAAUUGGCUCCAAGUUGACUCAGAUUGUGCUUUUUAUUCACCUUCGAGGAACACAGAGAUUUCUUAUAUUUUUCGACUUGUAACCGUGCGUGAUGGAAUGACUGUUUAUGCACCGUUCACCUUGUUUGGCGGUUGAUGCUUCUCGGUGAGGGUCAUACGUAGAAUCCGUAAAACCCGACCAUGCAAUGCCACGCAAUCAACUACAGCAAGCCAUCUCAUCCCCCUUCUAAUUGUUAACCGUAUCCACAAGUGCGUUACAACAUACAAGCCUCUUAAUGGUACUUAUCGGCCAUGAUUCAGGCCGCAUUUGCAUAGUGAUUAAUGAAUCCAUGUAAAAACUACGAUGAUUCUGCUCACGCCUACGACAAAAAUUCUUCUGCUCAUUGGCCGCGGUUCCUCGUCAUCGACCAACCGACACAUCGUGCUUACGUUAUAUAUCCCACACGUCGAGGUAACGAAGACUGCGUGGCAUGCUUCGCGAAUAAUAUACAACUCCGAAUUGUACAAGGUUGCGAUCUUCGUUACGUUACACGUUCGCUGAUCAUCGGCUGCUACUUCAACUCCGCGUUCAGAUUUUACGAUGCACACAUGCGGUGUU